AUGCUCAUUGCGGCGCGCCAGCCCCUGUUUGACUACGCGGUCCAGCAGGGCCUGGCCAUCCUCAACGCGACAGUCAAGAACGCCACCAUUGACGAGAUCAGCGCCACAGUGGAGGUCCCCCUGCUGGGGGGCAUCGACGUCACAGUGCGGGACGGUGCGGGGCGCGGCAGGUGGUGGGGCCGCGGCCAGUGGGGGCAGCGGGAGGCGGGGGCCAGCAGCCAGCGCUUGUCGCGCGGAGGCACGGGCUGCGUCCUGCUGAGCCAGGGGCCACUGGCAGAAGAGGUCAACGUGACCACGCUGCAGGUUGACCCCGCCCUGGCGCGCGUAGCCAUCGAGGCGGGCUUCUACCAUGCCGCAGCGGCCAACGUCACAGCAAACAUCACUUUUGGCUGGUCCUGGUCCAAAGGGCCCCUGGGUGGCAGCGGGGUGGGGGAGCUGUUCUUGGAGGGAGGGGCGCUGGACAUGAUCUUCCUGGUGCGCAAUCAGGAGGGUGGUGCCCCCCAGGUGGUGCCUGUGUCCAGUGGUGUGGCCUUUGAGGACCUCCAGCUCAGUGUUCACGCCGCCAGCGCAGACUGGCUGUACCAGGUGCUGGCCAAGGGGUGCUUCUGGUUAGCGCGUGUGAAGGGCUCUGAAGCCGCCUUCUGA